UCAGUUGGGAGUCUCAGAAGUGAGCGAUUAGCCAAUCUGAUUGGGUGUUGCUGCGAAGGAGAUGAGAGGUUGCUGGUGGCCGAUUUUAUGCCCCAUGAAACUCUCGCUAAGCAUCUUUUUCACUGGGAUGCUCAACUAGUGAAAUGGGCCAUGAGAUUAAGGGUGGCUUUGCAUCUGACACAAGCUCUGGAGUACUGUAGCAGCAAAGGGCGUGCAUUGUAUCACGAUCUCAAUGCCUACAUGGUUUUAUUUGAUCAGGAUGGAAAUCCCAGACUAUCCUGCUUUGGCCUCAUGAAGAAUAGCAGGGACGGCAAGAGUUACGGUACAAACUUAGCAUUCACUCCUCCGGAGUACCUGAGAACUGAUAGAGUGACACCAGAAAGUGUGGUUUACAGCUUUGGAAUGUUGUUGCUGGAUCUUCUGAGUGGAAAACAUAUACCCCUAGCACUUGAUCUAAUUCGUGGCAAGAAUUUUCUGAUGCUUAUGGAUUCUGCUCUAGAGGGUAAUUUUUUAAAUGAUGAUGGAACUGAACUUGUGUGUUUAGCUUCCCGCUGUUUGCAGUAUGAAGCACGUGAGAGACCAAAUGCAAAGUCUCUUGUCACUUCUUUCAUGUCUCUUCAGAAAGAAACAGAGGUGUGUCCUCUGCUUGAUCCUUUCAUUUUUAUGUUUAGUAAAUUUCUUCUAAUUGAUGGUUCAUUGGCUGGUUCCCUCUUGUGCUUUCUCAAUUACAUGAAUACUCAGACUAAAUUCAAUCUUUGUAGGGUUGCAUUUAUAUUGUUGAUGCAUAUAAAGUUUACUAGAGUAGCUGUGUUAAAGGGAUUCACGCUGGACAAAUGGUUCUGCGGCUAG